AAAGGCGAGGAAAGAAAGAGGAGAAACGGAAAGAGAGAGAGAACGGUGAGAUUGCAGAGAGCGCGCGAGCAGAGCCCAGCCAAGCGCUGGUGGCGGCGGCGGCAGCGGCGGCGGCGGCGGCGCUGUGCGCCGCUCCGUCCGUUACUCCGCACCGGCUUUUGCAGGCGGCCGGCGGCGCGGGGCCCUUUGGAAAUAGAAUAGCCAAUGUAAUCUGACACUUCAACUUGCUCGGCUCCGGGCGAGUUGAUUCACUUACUCACCCCCUAACGCCGAGUUCCUUUUCACUGUCUGUGGACAUUAAAAAAGCGAGCGGCGGCGGGCGCCCGGGAGAGCGAGCGGCCGGGCGGCGGGCAGGCGAGCAGCGGUCCGGCGGCUAAGCGAGCUAGCAGCGCCAGCGCAGCGCGGUGACCCCAGCCCCGGUCGGCGUGGAGCAGGAGCAGGAGCCGGAGCGGAGCCGUUCUCGGCGCCCUCGCAGCGCUCCUCCCGGCCCGAGCCAGCCCUGCCCGGAGGCGGCGGCGGCGGCAGCGGCGCGUCCUCCAGCGGCGGCAGCGGCGUUCGCAGCGCCUGGACUUGCAGCUGUGUUCUGGCCAGUCGGGCUGCCGGGCCGCUGCCUCCUUCGCCUGCAUCCUUUUCCUGACGCUCUCAGCAGCCCCUUAAGUCCUAGUCGUGGGCAGAGGCCUCAGCAGGACGAGGAGGAGGUUGUUGGUGUCAGCCCGAUGCUGCAAGGGGUGUGAGCAAAGAGCUGUCGUCUGUCACUCAGCUGCCAGGCCUAGAAAGUAGGAUGGAGCUCGAGUGAAGCGGAAGCACCGUGAGCUGCUGACUGGCACGUAGGACGCUGGUGAUUCUUGGGUCGCUGAGGCUGGACAACGUUCAUGGCUCUCGGGUAGAGCCCAGCGGAACGGCCAGGAUGAAUUCUAUGGACAGGCACAUCCAGCAGACGAAUGACCGGCUGCAGUGCAUCAAGCAGCACUUACAGAACCCAGCCAACUUCCACAAUGCCGCCACAGAGCUGCUGGACUGGUGUGGAGACCCGAGAGCCUUCCAGCGGCCCUUCGAGCAGAGCCUGAUGGGCUGUUUGACGGUGGUCAGCCGGGUGGCAGCACAGCAAGGGUUCGACCUGGACCUCGGCUACAGACUGUUGGCUGUGUGUGCCGCGAACAGAGACAAGUUCACUCCGAAGUCUGCUGCCCUGCUAUCCUCCUGGUGCGAGGAGCUUGGCCGCCUGCUGCUGCUCCGACAUCAGAAGAGCCGCCAGAGCGACCCCCCCGGGAAACUCCCCAUGCAGCCUCCCCUCAACUCCAUGAGCUCCAUGAAACCCACUCUGUCGCACAGUGAUGGGUCAUUCCCCUACGACCCUGUCCCUUGGCAGCAGAACACCAACCAGCCUCCCGGCUCCCUCUCCGUGGUCACCACGGUUUGGGGAGUGACCAACACAUCCCAGAGCCAGGUCCUCGGGAACCCUAUGGCCAACGCCAACAACCCCAUGAAUCCAGGCGGCAACCCCAUGGCCUCAGGCAUGACCACCAGCAACCCCGGCCUCAACUCCCCGCAGUUUGCUGGGCAGCAGCAGCAGUUCUCGGCCAAGGCUGGCCCCGCACAGCCAUACAUCCAGCAGGGCAUGUACGGCCGGCCCAACUACCCCGGCAGCGGGGGCUUCGGGGCCAGUUAUCCCGGGGGCCCCAGUGCCCCUGCAGGCAUGGGCAUCCCUCCGCACACCAGGCCGCCUGCUGACUUCACUCAGCCGGCGGCCGCCGCAGCAGCAGCUGCGGUGGCAGCAGCGGCAGCCACGGCCACGGCCACAGCCACGGCCACUGUGGCAGCCUUGCAGGAGACGCAGAAUAAGGAUAUAAACCAGUAUGGACCGGUCUGUUCCUCUUUCCAGAUGGGUCCCACCCAGGCGUAUAACAGCCAAUUCAUGAACCAGCCCGGGCCUCGGGGGCCUGCCUCCAUGGGGGGCAGCAUGAACCCUGCAAGCAUGGCGGCUGGCAUGACACCCUCGGGGAUGAGUGGCCCUCCCAUGGGCAUGAACCAGCCCCGGCCGCCGGGCAUCAGCCCCUUUGGCACGCAUGGGCAGCGGAUGCCCCAGCAGACCUACCCAGGCCCCCGGCCCCAGUCCCUUCCCAUCCAGAGCAUGAAGAGGCCGUACCCGGGAGAGCCCAACUAUGGAAACCAGCAAUAUGGACCAAACAGCCAGUUCCCCACCCAGCCAGGCCAGUACCCCACCCCUAACCCGCCACGGCCACUCACCUCGCCCAACUACCCCGGGCAAAGGAUGCCCAGCCAGCCGAGCACUGCGCAGUACCCGCCCCCCACGGUCAACAUGGGGCAGUAUUACAAGCCGGAGCAGUUUAAUGGACAAAAUAACACCUUCUCGGGAAGCAGCUACAGUAACUACAGCCAAGGGAACGUCAACAGGCCUCCCAGGCCAGUUCCUGUGGCAAAUUACCCCCACUCACCUGUUCCAGGGAACCCCACGCCCCCCAUGACCCCUGGGAGCGGCAUCCCCCCGUACCUGUCCCCCAGCCAAGAUGUUAAACCACCCUUCCCGCCAGACAUCAAGCCAAAUAUGAGCGCUCUGCCGCCACCCCCAGCCACCCACAACGACGAGCUGAGGCUCACGUUCCCCGUGCGGGAUGGCGUGGUGCUGGAGCCCUUCCGCCUCGAGCACAACCUGGCCGUCAGCAACCACGUCUUUCACCUGCGGCCCACAGUCCACCAGACACUGAUGUGGAGGUCUGAUCUGGAGCUGCAAUUCAAGUGCUACCACCAUGAGGACCGGCAGAUGAACACCAACUGGCCGGCCUCAGUGCAGGUCAGCGUGAACGCCACACCCCUCACCAUCGAGCGCGGGGACAACAAGACCUCCCACAAGCCCCUGCACCUGAAGCACGUGUGCCAGCCGGGCCGCAACACCAUCCAGAUCACCGUCACGGCCUGCUGCUGCUCCCACCUCUUCGUGCUGCAGCUCGUCCACCGGCCAUCUGUGCGCUCCGUGCUGCAAGGCCUGCUCAAGAAGCGCCUCCUGCCCGCUGAGCACUGCAUCACCAAAAUCAAGCGGAAUUUCAGUAGCGUGGCGGCCUCAUCAGGCAACACGACCCUCAAUGGGGAGGACGGCGUGGAGCAGACGGCCAUCAAGGUGUCUCUGAAGUGUCCCAUCACGUUUCGGCGCAUCCAGCUGCCUGCUCGAGGCCAUGACUGCAAGCACGUCCAGUGCUUUGACCUGGAAUCAUACCUGCAGCUGAAUUGCGAGAGGGGGACCUGGAGGUGUCCUGUGUGCAAUAAAACUGCUCUGCUCGAGGGCCUGGAGGUGGAUCAGUACAUGUGGGGCAUCCUGAAUGCCAUCCAACACUCCGAGUUCGAAGAGGUCACCAUCGACCCCACGUGCAGCUGGCGGCCAGUGCCCAUCAAGUCAGACCUGCACAUUAAGGAUGACCCCGACGGCAUCCCCUCCAAGCGGUUCAAAACAAUGAGCCCCAGCCAGAUGAUCAUGCCCAAUGUCAUGGAGAUGAUCGCAGCCCUGGGCCCCGGCCCGUCCCCCUACCCGCUCCCGCCUCCACCUGGGGCCACCAACUCCAACGACUACAGCAACCAAGGCAACAACUACCAGGGCCAUGGCAACUUUGACUUCCCCCAUGGGAACCCCGGCGGCACGUCCAUGAAUGACUUCAUGCAUGGACCCCCCCAGCUAUCUCACCCCCCGGACAUGCCCAACAACAUGGCCGCCCUUGAGAAACCCCUCAGCCACCCCAUGCAGGAAACUAUGCCACACGCUGGCAGUUCUGACCAGCCCCAUCCCUCCAUACAACAAGGUUUGCACGUCCCACACCCCAGCAGCCAGUCAGGGCCUCCAUUACAUCACAGUGGGGCUCCUCCUCCUCCUUCCCAGCCUCCCCGGCAACCGCCACAAGCCGCUCCCGGCAACCAUCCACACAGCGACCUGACCUUUAACCCCUCCUCAGCCUUAGAGGGUCAGGCCGGAGCACAGGGAGCAUCCGACAUGCCGGAGCCUUCGCUGGAUCUCCUUCCAGAACUCACAAAUCCUGACGAGCUCCUCUCGUACCUGGACCCCCCCGACCUGCCGAGCAAUAGUAAUGAUGACCUUCUGUCUCUCUUUGAGAACAACUGAAGCCCCCUCUGUUGGGGCCCUCCCUCCCCACUCUGCUCCUUCCCUGUCUGUCCCACACACACUUUCCCGCUGGGAGCCUAUGUCCUCAGCCCCUGCUGCAGCCUUCUCAGAGCAGAGGGGCGGGAGGGUGCAUUGUGAAGGCUGUGUGGGUCUGGAGCCCGUGCCCAGAGCAGGCCCCGAAGAUAACCCUCACGAUGGAGAGCCAGCCGGUGAGGGCACACACUGACGACGGUUUCUCGUCCCUCUUUGCUGAUUCCAAACCACCCUCCAGUGACCCCCAGGUUCUUCCAGUUGCUAAACGGUAACCCUGCCUCCCUGCUUCCUGGCCCAGAGAGCCUCCUUCAAGUGACUGAGCCUGACAGAAGGACCCCCCGACACCCAGGCGGCCCUGAGCCCUGAAGGAGCAGUGACAGUUGGCUGCAGUGAGAGCAGCCCGCCCACAACCACCCACCACAGAAAAGCACAAACCUCUGGGAAAGAGAAUUCUCUUAGGGGCCACGGUCGUCACUUUGACCCCUGACCUCUAAGCCAAGAUACCCUGUAAACUCUCAGAAAGCAGAAAAAAAGGACAAGAUUCUGUGUUUGAGAGACGGUGUGCCAUUCCUGCUUGGGGACUGGUGGGAAAAGGGGUCAGGGUCUCCUCGGAGCCAGGACAAUGGAGCAGGUGGCGACCUUUGGACUCGGGCCUGGGCCCAGCCUUGGGGGGCAGAGAGCGAGUACCCAGCCGAAAUGAUCGCCCUUAGUUGGGGGGCAGGGGAAUGCCGCCAGGUGGAGUCAAUAGGAAUGGCAACUUAAAACUUUGCUCCAAGUCACUCCCUGUUUUUAAACAAUUUAAAGCUAUGAAGUCAUCAGGAGAAAAGGAACAUUGGACUUGGACAGCAAGCAAACCAUUUCUCCCCGUGCGUCCUGUUUCCUUCCUCCUUACCCACCUCUCCCAGACUGUUACACGGGACACCCACUUCCCUCUGUACUCGUUUCCCUCUGUCCCCCCAGAUGGCAAGGUGGGAUGGUGGAAAGGCCUAGGAGACCCCGGCAUCAGGAUCUCUCCAGCCCCUCUAUCCGUCUGUCCCAGUGCUCAAGGCUGGCCAUGUGUGCCGGGAUGUACCCACAAGCGUCAAGGGGUGUUCCUGUGACCACCACAGACGCCCCAGUUGGCUGCCAGUCUCUCAUUCCCUCUGUGUCCCUCUGCCCUUGAUAGCUCGCUCACCCCACACUCCUGCUCGCUCAAACAGAAGCAGCCUCUGGUUUGCCCUCCACCGCUUCGCUCCAUCCAGCUUACUGCUCUCCGAGUCUCCCGGGUAGCUUGUGCAUCUUUUUCAGGCUCCUCGUGCUUCCCUGAGCCACAUGGCCUGGGGUACCGCUGAGCCAUCCAGUCACUUGGGUUACAUCUGUAAAUUUGUUGCGCCCCUCCCUGCUGCUGCCUGGGGCCCUUUCCUGCUCUCCUGUCCACCAUCUGUGUUCUCAAUCUCCGUCUCCCUCUCUGUGGCGGGUGGUCCCCAGCACUCCUCUGGAUUUGACUGGAACUGUGGCCCCAGCUGUUGAUUUCCAGUCACUCUACCAGACAGCCAGCACAAGGUUUUCUGUAGGAAAGCUGCCAUUGUCCCCCCGCCUUUUUUCCUUUGUCCCGUGUCGAGGUUUUUUCAAACAGUGUGGUGUUCAGUAUGCAAAUCAAUUAUUUUAAGAAUUGCUUUUGUAAAUACCUUUGUGAAUAUUUUAGUAUUGUCUUUGAUAAUAUUCAACAUUUUCAUGACCUGGUUAUAGCCUUUGCUGGUGUUUUUAAAAUACCUUGACUCAAUGACAAAGACCGAGUCUUUUUUUAAAAAAAACAAACAAGAAACAAAAACAAAAAGCAACCAGGGCUAUUUGUACAGAUGAAGGGACAAAGAGCAUGGGUGGCUGUACUGUGAGGUAGACGACCAGGCCUCCCACUGUUUAGAGCCAUCCCCAGUUGUCUGGUGGGGACACAGUGGCGCCAGGUAGCACGGGGUCAUCCUUGCCCAGUGGCCGAUAGCCCCAGCAGGUAGCCACACUGUGUGGGGCCAUGUGGGAGUGUUCUGCCCCAGACAGACUUACAGAUGCCUUCCGUAGAAGUUCCUGCUUCCUGACGUGCUACUUUUCCCCAGGAAGGCCCCGGGUGAGUUCUGGUUCUUAUCAGGUUGUCCCCACUCUGCUCAUCAACCUGUCCAUAGCUUUCUAGUGCAGAGGGUCAAUAUGUUCCCCGGGCUCUAGGCACCUCCCUCAGCCAUCACUGUGGAAGCCCUGGUCUCAACACCUGAGAGGUUUCCUGGAUCCCCUUUCAGGCGAGCCUCCACCAGCAAGUUCAGCAAAGAACUUUCCUGAAUCGUGCCUGAAGCCCGUGCUCAGGGCAUGUACUCUUCCAGAGUGAUUUUGGAGCCAGGCCAGGGAAUGAGGGAGGCACAAAGGCAUCCGGGGCUGGAAAAGUCCCAGCUGGUGACAGAUUCAGGUGACAACAGCCUCUCCAAGCAGGGGCAGUUCUGAACUCGGGAGAUGCUUCCCUGAUCCGUUCGGAUGACUACUUGGAGCCAUAAGUAACCUCAGCAAAAACGAGGCCUCAGCAAGCCCCUUCUCCAUGGUGGGCAUCCACCCAGGCCAUAGGCACGUUUCUGCUGCCACUCCACAAGAUGGGCAGGACGCCACCGGGCAGGCGGGAAAGCCCAAGUACAGGCAAUCACCCCUUCUUGGUUUGAAGCUUUACCCAUGUAUCAUGUUCCCUGUAGCCAUUUUAUUUUUUAAGAAACUUCUAAUACUUUCUCCCUAAUGGAAGCCCUAACCCCCCCCCAGAGAGCUGCACGUCUGCUCGGCCUGACCCAUCCAGAUAGGGCAAUGUCAGCAGCAGCGACUCAAGGGACGUGUGUGUAUAUAUGUAAAUGAGAAAUAGAGACAUGUUAACAGAUGCAUCCAUUUCCCUUGGAAUGUGUAUUGUUUUUAUUUUACAAAACGAAAAAAAAAAAGGCUUGGAAUCCAUCUUAACGUGGAAAAAACUAGAUCCUGUUUGUUAGCGUUUGUGAGGUCUCCGCAUCUGUCUCACCCCUGUAAUAUACUCUGACCCUGUGUGGAAAGGAUUUUUUGUUCUGUUUUGUUUUUAUUUUAUCUCCAUGUACUAUUUAGCUUCAGUGUACUAGUCCUGCCACCUGUGUAUUUUUAGGGUGCUAUGGAAAUAAUGAAAAGAAAUGGGGAUUUCAGAAGAAAAUCGUAACCAAAUUCAUACUUUGUAUAAUUUUUGAUAUCAUGAUCGCAGGUGAUUCCCACGUACACACAUACACAAACCCAGAGUGCAGCCUGAAGUAACUCCCUCAGAAAUUGUCAUCGUCUUUGUACAUCUCUGUACAAUGCAAUCAUUUCAUACUUUAAACUGGUCAGAAAAGUAAUUGUGAUUUCUAGUCUUGCAAAGCUGUAUGUAGUUAGACGAUGUGACAACCUCUAAUAUUUAUCUAAUAAAUAUGUAUUCAGAUGAAACCUGUA